AUGAGGGGACGUGGACGGGUUAAGCAGCCUAGAGGACCAGUUCGACUACCUUCUAAUGCAAGCCAAGAGGAGGCGAAUGCAGAUGACGGACAAGAGCACGAGCCGCAGUUACCACAGGCAUCGACGGGACUUGGGGAUACAGAGCUUCAGAUAUGGGUACCACUUGCAUCUGGUGUACAGCCAUGUCAUAGGGAUCGACCAGGUCCACCAGUUCCACCAUGUACCGAUGCAUUGCCUCCCCGUCCCCUUCCACCUCCUCACCGUCAUAGUCAUUUUCUGCACCGUCAUACUCCAGCUCCACGACCUGCGGUAUCACAUUUACAUUAUCCUCAACCUGCAUCCAUUUCUGGUACUGGAUCAGAUAGAGGGACAGGAUCUGGAUCGGCAUCUACUCCAUCAUCUGCUCCAGCAUCUGCACCAGCAUCAGCAGGAUCGACCACUGCUGUAGGCAGCACACAUUUACAUCCGUCGAAGAUGUGCAGUCGCAGGAUUACUCUGAUAAUGAAAGAAAGACUGGUCGCGGAAGGGCACUGUUGGAAGACAGUGCCACAUGACAUCAAGGAGUUUUAUUGGCAGGAAUUCAAGAAAUACUUCAUAUGGGACCAAGCAAUUGACAGCUUGGUCAAAAUUGCAUGGAAAAAAAAAGCAGCUGACAGAUAUAUGGGCUUAAUGUGGGAAAUUAGGAAAGGGAAAACAAAGAAUCUUGCUACACCAGAUUCUGUUUUGAGUAAGUGGCAGGAAACUUGGAACACUUCUGAAUACAAAGAGAAGUGUGAUAAGUUUUCUGCAAAUAGGCGCAGUGAGGCAGGAGGUUCAGGAUCUGGCAUUUCUAGGCACGCCUGCGGUUUAGUUUCACAGUAUACCCACCAGCGGAGGAUGAGAGAAAGACUAGGCAGGGAACCACUUCCUCAUGAGCUUUUUGAGGCCACACAUAAGAGAAAAGGGACGGAGGAUUUUAUUGAUGCGAGGUCAAAAGCUAUUCAUGAUAAAUAUGUCCAAUUGAAGGAGGCUGCAACACAGCAACAGGAGGGAAGCAAUGAGCCGACGCCCAUUAAUGAGGCCCAGUUGUACUACGAAGCAGUUGGCGGACAGAAAAAGAGUCGCGUUUAUGGGUUAGGAUCCCAGGCUUCAGCAUAUUUUCAUGACCCAUCUCAUUGUUCUGCUUCAUACACGUCUGCACCCCCAGUGGAUCCUCCUGCAGUUGAAGCAAUGACCAUGAUGCAGAAUAAAAUAGAUCGGCUAGAGACAGAGAAUGGUCGAAUUACCACAGUGCUGGACGAGUUGCAGACGUUUAUGUAUAGGAUGAUGGCACAACACGGUAUAGGGACAUCCAUUCAGCCAUCUGCUCCUAGGGCACCUCCAGCUCCGUCCCCACAGCAGUGGCCUGAUGAUGCACCUAUCAUUGCUGAUCAUCAUACAGACAGUGAUGAUGACACAGAUGAUGAGCUAGCUAGUUUAGUUUAG